UAAAUGCGAUACAUUUUGAUUGAGACAAAUUGCGAACAACAGCACUUUGCAGGGCUGCGCAAUUACUUUUAUCAAACUUCCAUACGUUCUACCUUCGACGAAAAGCAAGAAAAUAUUAGUGAAAUUAGAAAAAGCAUUGCGAAAAGUGUUCAAAAAUGCAAUAAUUCCAUUUCAAUUGACAAUCCUGCACUUACUGAUAAAUUCUUUUCAAUUCCAUUCAACCAGUGAUCAGCCUCUAUAGUUGAAGACCACAUUUAGACAUACCUGUGAAAAAUAUUUUCUUGUUUUUCCUUUACUCACCCGAUAAGAGCAAGUGAGUGUGGGGGUUCUACUCGCUAUGGUGGGAGGGAGACAAAAAAAAGAACUUUAUAGAAGUGCCUCAAUUCAGUAUGGAAAAAUUUCUCUGAAGGAGAACUAGAAUUUUCCCCAUUUCCACUCUUGUGCCGGUGUUGGCGCUAUGCAUAGGCAUUUUUUGUCCUGCACUCGCUAUCAAUCGUGGUGCAGCUUUUAAAAAGGCCCUCGUCCAGGCCGUGCAACAGUCACUUAGUGCCAUUGAGUGUGGAUUUAUGCACUUUUGCAGUGCGGAAAAUGUGGCAAAUUGUGCUGCCUCUAAUUCUGCUGUGUUCCUUCUGUAAAGGAGAGCCUGAUAACAGCACUCUAACUGACUUGGAGUACAUUAAGCUGAUUGAUCCCAGUUAUGGUGUAACGUGGAUGUUCUUACCGGAUGGCAAUGACACCAUGCAGAUAGCUUACCUCAGUGAGGAGCCACGCAAUGCAUCGAGAGCGAACUACUUUGACGUGAAGGACAAAAUAUCCUUUCAACUCUACAACAGGAAAUACCAGAAGGAUGGCGUGAGAAUUCGCAUGACCAGGAGUCUGAGAAGUGCCAGGAAGCGUGAAACGAGGUCGAAUGUGUUUGAUCCUCAACUUGAGACGAAAUUCCUUAUUCAUGGGUGGCAAUCUAGCAAACACACUGACACAAUUCAGUCCAUCAAAGACAAUUACCUGAAGGUCGACGAUAUGAACGUUAUCGCGGUGGACUGGAGUGAAUUGGCCGCGAAUAUUUUCUACUUCACGCCCGUCGUCCAGACGCGCGAGGUGGGCGAGACUAUUGCCGAAAUGAUCAACCACUUGGUCGAGACGAGAAACGCCAGCUUGUCGCGCGUACACAUCGUUGGACACAGCUUAGGAGCGCACUGUGCCGGAUUCGCGGGCAGAAAGCUGGGCGGACGAGUGGGAAGGAUAUCAGGACUCGAUCCUGCCAAUCCAGGCUUCGAAGGAACGCCGCCCAGCGAGCGACUCGAUCCCACUGAUGCUCAGUUCGUGGACGUGAUCCACACUUCAGCCGGAACGGCGGGAAUCUCCAUGAGAUGCGGUCACAUUGAUUUCUACCCAAACGGAGGAGCUCGACAGCCAAAUUGCAACUUAUUCCCAAUAGAUCUCCUUGAGGCCUGCAGUCAUGGGCGAUCUCAUCAGUACUUUGCCGAGUCGAUCUUCUCAGAUCAAUUCAUAAGUUAUCCAUGCCGAUCGUGGGCCGGCUACAAAGCCAAUCGCUGUGGCAAGAAACUAGAAUCCAUGGGAGAGCCUCUGUCGAGGAAAGCCCGAGGAGUCUACUACCUGGAGACAAACGGAUCGAAGCCCUAUGCCAAAGGAAAGACACGAUAUCGAAACAAUCUCGCUCCUGCUGAAGAAACUGACGAUGUUAUCCACAUAAAUAAGGUGGUAAAGCUCUUCUUCUAUCGGAAGAAUCACGUAAAGACCAACAAUACGGCAUCUUUUGUGCCAAAUGGAAUAGCAAUGGUUCAGAUGAGACACUCCAGUUCCAGCAAUUCAAGGAAGCUUUUCUCGCCACAGCCGAUGAGAAUAUAUUCAGUGAGAAAGUUAUCGUUAAAUCCAGACGCUGUCUCAAUUCUCCAUUUCUUUGCAGUCGUCGACUGGUCGCUGAUCUCUGAGGACAUCAACUACAUGCGAGUGGCGAAUCUCACGAAUUCCGUGGGAAUGUACGUGGCGGAAAAGAUAAAGGAACUUGUGCGGGAAGCCGAUGCCAAUGUCUCUCGAUUUCAUAUUAUUGGACAUAGUUUGGGAGCUCACAUUGCUGGAUUUGCUGGAGCACAAAUUAAAUCCCCUCAAGUGAGUAGAAUCACUGGCUUAGAUCCAGCUCUGCCCAACUUCCAGCGCUUCCGCGAUCCAGAUCUCCGCCUGGAUGCGUCAGAUGCGGCUUUUGUGGACAUUAUUCACACCUCCGGAGGAACUCUGCGGAGUUACGCUCCCAUUGGCAUGGCAGACUUCUACGUGAACGGAGGAACUCCUCCUCAACCAGGUUGCGGCGGAAUUUCAGAGUUGGCAACAAUUUGCAGCCAUGGCAGAGCAGUUGAGUAUUUCCUAGAGUCAAUAGAUUCUCACCACGGGUUCUGGGGAAUGGAGUGUGAGUCUUGGUCAUCCUACAAGAGUGGCGAUUGCAGAGGUACUUUUGCGAAGAUGGGAGCAUCAAUAGAUCCCACCACGAGGGGCAUCUUCUAUCUGGGCACGAACUACAAAAGCCCCUUUGCGAUGGGCAGGAAAAUCUUCUUUGAAAAUGAACCUUUCUGGCGUUCAACGCUCAACACAAUCAUUCAUCAAACGUCAUCUUAA